GUUUCAUCUUUUAAUUUGCAUUACUUAAAUUAAUGGACUUUUGCACGAUAUUCUAAUUUUCCGAGUUUCACCUGUACUAUUUGGACUGCUUAACUUUGUUUUUUAAAUUAACUUUGAAGGCUGAGCUCUCCUUUUCUUAUGCAGCUCCUUUUCCUUGGAGGUUCACAAGUGUGUUCCUGUGCAUGUAUAUGCAUGCAUAUCUCACACCUGUGAAGCACACAGUAUGUAAGGAUGUUCUCACUUCCAACACAGGCUGCCAAGGGCUUCCCCAGUCAGCCUCUGAUUGGUUGGACACAGGCCAUGAGGACACAAUUACAGUGACAUCAGCAUGUGAUGUCAUGCUCCCCCAGAAUUCUUGGCCUAAGCAAGAAGCGGCCAGGAGGUCCUCUAGAAGGGAAAGAACGGGUUGUACAUGGGAGCCUUCAUAUCUGCACAGGGAAUGUCCAGCUCUGUGUCUUGGUCCUGAAGCAGCUGCAAAGAAGUGUGUUCGAGCUGGCAUGCUUGCCUAAGAAAGGAUGGAAACCUACGAGGAUCAUCCUUGGUGCGCCUUCAGUUACCAGAGCGGGGAGGAUGAUGAGGCAGACGAUCACCACCACGACCCCAACCUGGCCAAGGUGCGGGCCAGGAGCAACAGCCGGACCCGGACCCGCAGCUCUUUCCUGGUGGACGAGCUGGACAUGCUGAUGGACAAAGCGGCCACCACCAUCCAGGCCUCCUGGAGGGGCCACCUAGCCCGCAAGCACCUUUGGACCCAGCACGCGGCUGCCUCCACCAUCCAGGCUGCCUGGAGGCGCUACAUCACCCGGGAAUACCUGGCCAUGCAGCAGGAGCAGGUGCCCUCCUGGCAAACAUAUGGGAACCGCAGGAGGACCCCCUCCCCGGCCUCCUUGGAGGAGAGAAGAUCCUGGGGUCGCCCUCAGGUGGACAGGGAGGAAGCCGCCAUAACCAUUCAGGCCCACUACCGGGGAUACGUGAUCCGCCGGGCCCUUGUCCAAUGUCAUCAGGCCGCCACCACUAUCCAGGCCCAUUGGAGGGGCUACCACACAAGGCAGGACUUGGCCCGAAGGCCGUGCGGUCGACCCGCUGGGUCUCACUAUGGCCAGCCGAGCCACGGGGCAGGACGAUCCUCUUCAUGGGUGGGCCCGUAUCCCAGGAAGCACUGGCAGAAGUGCCUUGUGGGGACUCCCGAGGAGUGGGCGAGCAAAGUGCCUCCCCAGGCGUAUGGGAGGGAGGGGGAGCACAAAGAGGUGCCCCCGCAGCCGAAGACGUGCCCCAAGUGUGGGCGAUGCACCACGGUCCGCGUGCUCGUGGGGGUGGGAAAGGGCCCCCCCUCCGAAUCGGAAGCGGACGAGAGUGACGUCGAGGGGUGCUCCCGCCCUCCUUCCGCCCAUUACCGCUCCAGGCGGCAGAGCCCGGCCUCCCGGUCCAAGGAAAGGCAGAACAGACGGCAGAGCCCGGCCUCCCGGUCCAAGGAAAGGCAGAAGGCCACGCGGCAGCACCCGUGUGGCGGGCCCCAUGUAUCCUACCAGGUGCCCCCCAAGAGCUGUUGUCCUGAAGAGCCCUCCCGGAAGUACGGGCGGGACCCCGUCGGCUUGAGCCAGCGCUACGGCACGCAUACCGCCAUGCGGCCCCCGCGGGAGCGCACCACGGCCAGGAGCCUCUCGUCCACCAGCAUCCACCUGCAAGGGGCCGCUACGGCAGGCACCUCUGACUGGCUGUACGAAAACUACUGUGCCCGCCGGAUGGGUGAAGGGCAGAGACGUGUCUUCAAGACCAGGAAGCAGCUGUGGGAAGUGGUGCGGGCUGCCACCCUCAUCCAGGCCUUCUGGCGGGGGUGCCAGGCCCGGCGGGCUCUACGCCAGCAGCAGCGGGCCGCCAUCACAAUCCAGUCGGCCUACCGAGGCUACAAGACCCGAGUCUACCUCAUCGACGCCGGGAUCCUGAGUGAAGGAGACACCACCGACUAACAGACCGCCCCCCACCCGAGAUGCCCCCUCAAGGCACCACGCAAGCGCGGCUGAGGGGAGGGCACCACUACAGGUCUGCUCCCGGCCCCUUUCCCACAACAAAGAAGUUUACUUCCGAAUAAAUUGAUCCUAAUUACAAACCCCAAUUGCAAACGGGGCCGGAACCCUUGGCGCCAUAUUGUGUUGUGGUUCUUCAUAUCCGGUUGCUUCCACACCAGCCGGCUUCUCUGUGAUCAGCGUUAUUCCUGCACUCACCCUUUCUUCUUCUUCCUUCUUCUUUUCCAAUAAUGGCUGAAUAAUAAAUCACUCAGUAGUACA